CUGCGAUGAUACCAUCCAGGCGGCAUCUCCGCAUAUCCUCACUACCUAUCUCUUCUUCUCCCCUUCCUUUCUUUCUUUUUUUCUUUUCUUUUCUCUUUCCAUCUCCAAUGGCCUAGGGCUAAAUACAUUAUUAUAUACAUCCAUAAUCCUUGCCGUGAUCUAACAGCAGGAUGAAAGAGAAGGGGCCCAUCAUGCCGGUCAGCGAAAGCACGCCGCUCUUGGUCGUGCAUGAGCCAGCUAGGCCCCGGUGGCAGUAUCCUCAUAGCCGCCUGCGUCGUACCUGUACGUCCAUACUUGGAGCGCUCCUCCUGCUAGCAGUUGUUCUCUUCUUGACUCCUGCUGCCGUAUUGCCCCGCGAGCAUGGUUCGGUCUGGUCCUAUCUGCCCUGGGCCCAGCCCUUCCCUCAUGCCUCUUGGCCGCAUGGCAAUGGCCUCUCCUACCAGGAACUGCAGGAGAUCCUUCUUCACACCCCAUCUGCGGAAAAGGCAAGGGAGUGGAGCAACUACUAUACGGCCGGACCGCAUCUCGCAGGCAAGAAUCUCAGUCAGGCGCUCUGGACACAGCAGAAAUGGCAGGAGUUUGGUAUCGAACACACUGAGAUCACUGCCUAUGACAUUUACAUUAACUAUCCGCUGGAACAUCGACUGGCACUUCUGAAGAAGCACGGUGAUGACACGGAAGUCACCUUCGAGGCCACUCUCGAGGAGGACGUGUUGGAAGAAGACCAUACAAGUGGUCUACCCGACCGCAUUCCGACCUUCCACGGCUACUCGGCCAGCGGGAAUGUCACUGGACAGUUUGUGUACGCAAACUUUGGAACGUACCAGGACUUCGAGGACCUUGUCAAGGCCAAUGUCAGCCUUGAAGGCAAGAUCGCUCUGGUCAAAUACGGCGGUAUCUUCCGUGGUCUGAAGGUGAAGCGUGCUCAGGAGCUUGGAGCGAUUGGUGUCGUGAUCUAUACCGAUCCACAGGAGGACGGCGAGAUUACGGAAGCGAACGGCUACAAGGCCUACCCGGAGGGCCCUGCUCGUAACCCGAGCGCAGUGCAGCGAGGAAGCACUCAAUUUUUAAGUGUUGCGCCGGGUGACCCUACGACUCCCGGCUAUCCAUCCACGCCCGACGCUGAUCGCCAGGAUCCGCACAACUCUAUUCCAUCCAUUCCAUCAAUCCCGAUCUCGUAUAAAGAAGCCAUCCCGUUGCUCAAGGCUCUCAAUGGGCACGGUCCUAAGGCAUCUGACUUUGGAGAUGGCUGGGAGGGCGCGCUGGGCCAUAAAGGCGUGGAGUAUAACAUUGGACCGUCUCCUGAGGACGUGGUGGUCAACCUGUAUAACUUGCAGGAGUAUGUCACGACCCCAUUGUGGAACGUUAUCGGCGUUAUCAAGGGCACGAUUCCGGACGAAGUUGUCAUCCUGGGCAACCACCGCGACGCUUGGGUUGCGGGCGGUGCUGGUGAUCCCAACAGUGGAUCGGCAGCUAUCAACGAGGUUAUCCGUAGCUUUGGUGAAGCCCUCAAAGCUGGAUGGAAGCCGCUGCGGACGAUCGUCUUUGCCAGCUGGGACGGUGAGGAGUACGGCCUCAUUGGUUCCACUGAAUGGGUCGAAGACAAGCUGCCUUGGUUGUCGAAGGCCAACGUGGUAUAUCUAAACGUGGAUGUCGCUGCCACUGGUACCCACUUCUCAGCGAGCGCGAGUCCACUGCUGAACAAGGCCAUCUAUGAUGUGACCAGCAUUGUUCCAUCUCCCAACCAGACGGUGAAGGGCCAAACAGUUCGGGAUCUCUGGAGCGGGCACAUUGGCACUAUGGGCAGUGGCAGUGACUUCACCGCGUUCCAGGACUUCGCCGGUGUGGCGAGCCUCGAUUUCGGUUUCGGUCCGGGCCCCGGCGACGCAGUGUACCACUAUCACUCUAACUAUGACAGUUUCGACUGGAUGGACCGAUAUGGUGACCCUGGCUGGAAGUACCAUGUCGCUACCAGCCAGAUCUUUGGGUUGCUCGCCGCCCGUCUCGUGGAGACGCCGGUGCUAGGACUCAACGCGACGGACUAUGCCGCCGGACUGGGUGAAUAUCUAGACCGUAUCAAGCCUGAAGCUGAUAAGCUGCCCAAGAACUCGUACUUCAGCUUCAGGGCACUGGAGCAGGCGAUUGCCAAGCUGUAUGAUGCGGCUGUGACCUUUGACGCCUACACGGCGGACCUGGCGGCCAAGCUGGAGGAGGACCUGCCGUGGUACCUCUGGUGGAAGAAGGUCAAGCUGUACUUCCAGGUCCGGGCAGCCAAUGACAAGUAUAAGCUGCUAGAACGGAAGUUUCUGUACCAGCCUGGUUUGGACGGCCGUAGCUGGUUCAAGCACGUUGUGUUUGCACCUGGCCUGUGGACAGGAUAUGCAGGUGCAACUUACCCGGGAUUGGUGGAGAGUUUUGAGGCGGGCGACCCAGUGAACGCAGAGAAAUGGGACCGUAUCAUACAGGAACGGAUCGAGGAUGCCACCUCUCUGCUGAGUUAGACGCAGUCUGACACGGUUUGAUCGGAUGCGGGUUAUGAUAUGACGUCUAAACGAUGAUCGUGGUUUAGGUAUUUAGCAUCUACACGUUGCGGGGCUCUGCCUUUGGUCGGGCCCUCAAAAGUACAUGAGUCAUGGCAGUAUCUGCUGUAUAUACUCUGAGCCAUUACGGGCAUAGUAUGUACAGCACUUUGCUGAUAGUGCCCCAAAUUGAGGUAACUAUACGGAAUUCUUCAGCUACGU